UGUGUGGGGGAAGUCGACGAUGAGCUCGGUGGCACUUUUGACCCAGGAGAGCUUUGCCGAACACCGCAGUGGCUUGACGCAGCAGCAGGUGAAAGUAACAGCUUUAAACUCUGAAGAAGAGAAGGAUCCUCCAACCUACGAGGAAGCCUUCCCUGCGCUCCCUGAGAAAGCACCAUGUUUGGAAGCUGCCCAGGAACCUGCUGGGCCCUGGAGUGAAAUCCGACCAAUAAAGGCUUCUGUCAUCACUCAGGUGUUCCAUGUGCCACUGGAGGAGAGGAAAUACAAGGACAUGAAUCAGUUUGGAGAAGGCGAGCAGGCCAAGAUCUGCCUUGACAUCAUGCAGAAGACAGCUCACCUGGAGCUGUCUCUCGCAAAGGACCAGGGCCUUUCAAUCGUGGUCUCUGGCAAGCUGGAAGCAGUCACGAAGGCUCAGAAGCAGAUUGUCACUCGACUGCAGACUCAGGCUUCAGCGACCAUUGCCAUCCCCAAGGAGCACCACCAUUUUGUCAUUGGAAAGAAGGGUGAGAAGCUGCAGGACCUGAAGCUCAAAACUGCAACCAAAAUGCAGUUUCCCCGCCCAGAUGACCCCAGCAACCAGAUCAAGAUCAGCGGCACUAAAGAAGGGAUUGAGAAGGCCCGGCACGAGAUCCUGCUUAUCUCCGCUGAGCAGGAUAAGCGUGCCGUGGAGCGGCUGGACGUGGAGAAAGUGUACCACCCUUUCAUUGCCGGCCCUUACAACAAGCUGGUGAGGGAGCUCAUGCAGGACACAGGGACACGCAUCAACAUUCCUCCACCCAGUGUCAACAAGACAGAGAUAGUCUUCAGCGGAGAAAAGGAGCACCUAGCCCAGGCUGUGGCUCGAGUUAAGAAGAUCUAUGAGGAGAAGAAGAAGAAGACUACUACCAUUGCAGUGGAGGUGAAGAAGUCCCAGCAGAAGUAUGUCAUCGGCCCCAAGGGGAAUUCCCUGCAGGAGAUCUUGGAGAAGACUGGAGUCUUUGUCGAGAUCCCACCCACUGACAGUAGCUCGGAGACGGUGAUACUGCGAGGCGAGCCUGAGAAACUUGGGCAAGCAUUGACUGAAGUCUAUGCAAAGGUACUGACAAGAUGGGCUAGGCCUCCAUUGAAGGUCCGAUGA